AUGUCGACGAGGACGAACACGAGCGCCAGAGUUGAUUUGAGCAAGCUUUCGCAUAGGUUGUCGAAGAAUGGGCAAGUUAACUCUCCUGGGGCUCGAUUUUUCAUAAUCAUCUCAGUCACCGCGGCGUAUGACCUUGGUGCUACUGCGGACCAUUUGCAGAAGAUGUACGAGGAUGAAGCGAAGAGUCAGAAAUCUAUUUUUAGGGAGGAGGGGGAUAGAGAGAUUGUGGUGGAUGAUGGGAACUGGGUGCAGUAUUUAGGGAAUACAUCGGCUUACGCAGCUUUCGUAACAUUCUUUGCGGAUAGGAUUCAGAAGAAUGGUGUAGCUGCUACACUUGAAGAAUACCUCUUUUCCAAGGAGGCGAAUACAAGUGAAAAGGUUAUGCUGGUCCGGCUUAUUAGCGGAGCUGUCCACCCGUUCAUCCAGCUCGGGUAUGCUUUGGAGUUUGGGAACGAGGCGAUGGUCGCUCCUGCUCUUGCGCAGACGGCUGUGCAUACUCCUACAGGCCCUCAAAUUUACGACUUCCACUGGGGCUCUUCCGGCUCCGCUGCGUCUGACAACCAGUUGUCGAUCUUCCAACUCAUCGAAGAAGUCUAUGCGGCACCAGAACUUAAACCAGGCCCCUACGAACCUGAUGCACUGCACAGCGCGAGGUUGAAAGGGAUUCUGGGGAAAGAGGAGGUGGUGAAGAAGGUUCGGGAGCUGUGUGCGAGAUUUGCGCUGCCCACUUCCUCGGAAUCCGACAACGUUAACUUUGAUGCCCAAGUCGACUCGACCAUUCACGACCUCGUACUAGCUGCCACACUCCUCACCUUUGCCGUGUCGAAACCAAACCGACCACCCCGCCUCGACUUCUUCCUGAUGCACUUGGUCACGUCGAGCCUGUUUUUGACCCCGAUUAAGGGCGCGCUAAGGCGGGAGGAGGAUAAGCUGAACUUACUGCGGGCGUUUGUGCCGACACUGGUUUUGCAUGUGUUGAGUCGGGGAAGGCCGAGGAUCGACGUUGGGGUUCUGGAGGGGUAUACGGGGGUGCCGAGGCCGCCCGUCCCGGGCGAUAAAGUUAGAAAGUUGGGGAGGGAGGUGAUUGGCAGCCCAGAGGAAGAUGGGGACUAUAACCCAUGGCACGCGAUGCAUGCGGAUGUGCUGUACCACCCUGACACGCACCACGUCAAGACGUUUAGGACGCUGUUUUUGGCGAAUGGGGAGUAUGGCGGAAGAGAUCCUGUUGAGCUUCCGGCUGGCUUCAGGAUUACUCCCUCCCCUGGCUCGUCGACGAAGGGAGGGGUUUCUGUCGAUGGUACGGUGUACACUCGUGCGGCUGGUGUGCUUAUGAAUUAUAUGGGGUGGGUCACGCAUGGGCAAGAUCCGAGGGAGGAUUGGGAUCGGAGAAAGGUGUAA